CGGGAGGAAGGGCGGCCCUGCGUGCGGCGAGGGCGGGUAUGGUAACGGCGCCGGGCCGCGGGAGGCGGAGGCUCACGGGUCGGCCGCCGCUGUCGUCGCCGCCGUGCCGGGCUGUGCCGUGAGGCGCGCGCAGGCCCCGCCGCGGCCAUGAUGAUCCACGGCUUCCAGAGCUGCCGCCAGGACUUCUCCUUCGGGCCGUGGAGGCUGACGGCCGCCAAGACGCACAUCAUGAAGUCGGCGGACGUGGAGAAGUUAGCUGAUGAAUUGCAUAUGCCAUCUCUCCCUGAAAUGAUGUUUGGAGACAACGUUUUAAGAAUCCAGCAUUGCUCUGGCUUUGGGAUUGAAUUCAAUGCUACAGACGCAUUAAGAUGUGUGAACAACUACCAAGGAAUGCUCAAAGUAGCCUGUGCUGAAGAGUGGCAGGAAGGCAGGAUGGAGGGUGAGCACCCCAAGGAGGUCAUCAAACCACACGACUGGACCUACACAACCGACUAUAAGGGGACGUUGCUGGGAGAGUCACUUAAGUUAAAGGUUGUGCCUACAACAGAUCAUAUAGAUACAGAGAAACUGAAAGCCAGAGAACCGAUUAAGUUUUUUGAAGAAGUUCUCCUGUUUGAGGAUGAACUUCAUGAUCAUGGAGUUUCAAGCUUGAGCGUAAAAAUUAGAGUAAUGCCUUCUAGCUUUUUCCUGCUGUUGCGGUUUUUCUUGAGAAUCGAUGGGGUGCUUAUCAGGAUGAAUGACACAAGACUUUACCAUGAGGCCGGCAAGACCUACAUGUUACGAGAAUAUACAUCACGAGAGAGCAAAAUUGCUAAUUUACUGCACGUGCCACCUUCCCUCUUCACGGAACCUAAUGAGGUAUCACAGUAUUUACCAAUAAAGGAGGCAGUUUGUGAGAAGCUGAUCUUCCCAGAGAGAAUGGAUGCCAACCCUGCAGGCUUGCAGGGAAGCAGUCCUGUGGAAUAGGAUGAGGUCUGGCGCCUCCUCGCCUGGAAUCUGACCGGAGGCCUCGGCUACUUGAGGUGUAUUUUUAUUGUGAGAGUUAAUGGCCUUGUCUAUGUGCAGAUUUUCUGUAGCCCUAAAGGAAAAAAAAUAAAAGGUGAUUGCAAGCAGGUUCCACUCAACUGUUGUCUGUACUGUCUGUCUGCAAAUCCAUAUUCCAGAUUGGUACUUUCUGGAGUGAAAUUUGGAUUUGUAAACUCCUGAGUUUGUGGGGUCUCAUCAGUCUCAUGAGCAGCGGGUAUGACCUGCAUCCAUCACGGAGCACUGCCUUCUGGCAUGAGGUGACUGAUUAAAUAGCUGAGUGGCAGCACCUCGGGACCCCGUAGGAUUCCUGACUGAGCACAUUGGCCAACUGGCUCUUUACCUCGGGCUCUGUGACUGGAGAGUCACGACUUACCUUCUAGGAAACUGAUCUCAAACUUUAAUGAUCUUUAGCCACAAAUUAAAAAAAGGUUUCCCCCCUAAAUUUAAAUUGGCUUUUGAAGUUCAAAGAAAGUUUCAGACUAGAACUGAAUGACUGGGGUUUUGGAGAACCUAGGGUGUUGUGUCCAUGGCAACGCUUGAGUGGGGUUUGCCCGUGCCGGGUGGGACGCAGAGCUGUCUCCCCGUCACCUCCAGGUGCUGUUUCUUAUGUGCUCUUCUACUUGUACUGACAUUAUGUCCAUUGUCCGUGCAACCUCCAAGUGGAUACAUCCAUUGAAUAUCGAAUUUGUAUUGUUGUAUAGCUAAUUUUAUGACUUGAUUUGGUCCCAAAUGAUUUGUUAUUUGUCUUCUACUGCAUCCCCUGUAAGGCACAGGAAAUCAGGAUUUUGUUGGCUUUAAGAAAAUACAUGGUAUGUUCACUGUAUGUUAAGUAUAUCUGUAUUUAAUGUUUUCUCUUAGGACAUAAAAGUGUACAUAUUGUACCUAGCUCUCAUUUUAUUUGCCGUGCAGAUUGGAACAGAAUAGACUCUUUAUUCACACAAAUGGUAAGAAACGAAAAACUUGUAAAAAUAUUCAUUAGUUGAAGUUUCUGGGCAACAUCAUAUAUAUAUUUUUAACUUGAUUCAGGUGUCUUAGUCCCUGAGUCAGUUUUCAAUUACUUAUUUCAAUAAUCCAUUGUUAAAAAUUGUAGGGAAUUAAAGAAUUGACCUUUCUAUGGAGAGUAGGCAAUAGGAUGAGUCAACUUCUGGAAGCUUCAUUAGCUUAUUUUUGUGGAGAAUACCAAGAAAACCUGUAUUUGCCCAUUGCUAAGUAAGACACAUACCAUUUUAUAUUUAUUUGUUCCAACUGUCUGUUUGUAAAAGAAUAAAUAAUAAGGAAUUACUGAUCUGUUUUGCUAUUUCAUUUAUUUCAAUUUUUCUUGAAGCUUAAUUAAAAAAUGUUCUGGCAUACCUUU